UUAAAUGCCACAUAACAACUCUUCAACAACAGCCAUUGAUGGCAGAAACCACUAAGUCUAUGCCGGUCCCUGCUGAUAUUGAAGCUAAAAUGUCACCUUCCAUGAGUAAAAAUGGUGGUUUCAUAACCUUAUUCUUCAUUGCAGGGACGGUGUCGGGAGUGAUGAUGUCUGGUUUCGGAUGGUUGGCGAACCUGAUUGUCUAUCUGGUCGAGGAAUUCAACGUGGAGAGCAUUGAUGCCACUCAAAUUUCCAACGUUGUUCAUGGUUGCAUAAACUUGAUUCCCAUCCUUGGAGCAAUCAUUUCUGAUUCAUUCUUGGGAAUUUUCCCUGUUGUUGCAGUUUCUAGCUUUAUCUCUACACUGGGGAUGGUUUUGCUGACUUUAACAGCAAAACUAAGCUCUUUGAGACCUCCACCAUGUGAGACCGGUUCAAGCUUGUGCAGACCUCCAUCAAAACUACAAUAUGCUGUUCUAUAUUUAAGUAUAACAAUGGCGUCUGCAGGGCUGGGAGGGAGUCGAUAUACACUAGCCACAAUGGGAGCAAAUCAACUUGAUAAACCUAAACAUAAAGAAACUUUCUUCAAUUGGUUCUUUUUCACUGUUUUUGCAUCUUGCAUAAUAAGUUCCACUGCGCUUGUCUAUGUUGAGGACAGCCUUAGUUGGGCCCUUGGUUAUGCCAUAUGUUUUGCAGCUAACUUUGUUGCUUUGGCCAUUUUCUUGGCCGGACGUCAAUUCUAUAGACACGAUGAGCCUCAAGGGAGUCCGUUUACGGCUAUGCUUCGUGUUUUGGUUGCUGCCGUGAGGAAAAGGAACUUGGUGCUAUCAUCGAGAAAUGAAGAUUAUUACCAUGAACAGUGUGGAACGAACAAGGCCUUGCCUACAACACCAAAACAGAGUUUCAGGUUUUUGAACCGAGCAGCCAUAAAAACCGAAGGAGACAUUGAUUCAGAUGGAUCAAUAGCCAGACCAUGGAAGCUAUGCAGUUUACAACAAGUAGAUGAUCUGAAAACUCUAAUAAAACUUUUGCCAAUAUGGACAAGCGGUAUAUUUCUUACGACCCCAAUAGCAAUCCAAUCCAGCAUAACAGUGAUCCAAGCUCUAUCAAUGGAUCGACACCUCGGUUCCGGAUUCAAGAUCCCUGCAGCAUCUAUUUUAGUCGUGGUCCUAGUAUCCUCAUCCAUCUUCAUAGCCCUGUUUGAUCGUUUCUUAUUUCCCGCAUGGCAUAAGCUAACCGGCAGGCCUCUGACGCCACUACAACGAAUAGGAAUAGGCCACGUGAUCAAUGUCCUAAGCAUGGCGAUUUCAGCAACGGUGGAGUCAAAGCGACUCAGAACAGCCCAUGAUAACAACCUCGAGGUACACCCUGGUGCCAUAGUGCCUAUGCAAGUCUGGUGGCUCUUUCCGCAGCUCAUUGUGGUCGGCAUCGGUGAUGCACUUCAUUUUCCAGGACAAGCUGCAUUGUAUUACCAAGAAUUCCCAUCCUCGUUGCGAAGCACAGCGACUGCCAUGGUUUCUUUAGUCGUCGGCAUUGCCUUCUAUGUCAGUACAGUUCAGAUUGACCUAAUCAGGAAUGUUACAGGAUGGUUGCCCGAAAAUAUAAACCGUGGGAGGCUAGAUAACUUGUAUUGGAUCUUAGUUACAGAAGGGACGCUGAAUUUUAUCUACUUUUUAGUGUGUGCCAAGUUAUAUAAGUGUAAUAAUAUUGAAAUGUAAAUGUGCUAAAUAAA